AUGGAUAUCCAAGACCAACCAUUAGAAGAUUUAGGUGAUGAAGCACCAGAAGUAAUUGGUGCUGAUGGUCUUCCACAUGAGCAAGAAGAGCAGACUGUUAAGGUUGAAGAUGUCAUUUUAGAUAACCCACAAGGUGCAACUGUUGGUCCUGAUGGUCAGCCGGCCAUAGAUCCUAGCAAAACAUUCAAAGGUGAAGGCAAUCCCAAUAGAGUACGUCGAUUUGCUACUAUUAUGAACCUAUUGAAUUCCUUAUUGGGCGCUGGCUUGCUCGGUGCCCCUGCAACUUUCAAAUACGGAGGUGUUAUCCCCUCUAUUCUCAUGCUUGCACUUGUAGCACUCGUAUCAUAUUAUGCUACAGUAAUUGUAGUUAAACUCCAACUUGACACCAAAUCUGCCGGAUUCGAUGAGAUUUGUGUCAAAGUUCUUGGAAAAUGGGGACAAGUAUCGGUUUCAAUAUUUGAAUUGAUCUUCCUUUACUCAUGUACAAUAAGUUAUUUGAUUUUCGGAUCCCGUGUCCUCAUUGCAUGGCUUGAAUUGGCAGGCGCUAACUUCACAAAAAGCUAUUUCAUCAAGCGUGCUGCAUUAGUUCUUGGUUAUUCUUUAAUUCUCCCAAUCGCAUUGACAAUUCCAAGAUCUAUUGGCUUCUUGUCAUAUUUCUCAACAGCUACUGUCUUUUUCAUCUUCUUCUUUGUUAUCGGAAUUACCGUAAAGUCAAGUAUUUUGCUUGCCCAAGAAAAGAAGGUUCACGAGACAGUCAAAAUGGCUAUUGGAAGCGUCGACAUUUUCACCGCUAUGGGUGUUUACUUCCUUGCCUUCGCGUUACCAGUUGUUUCAUGCUCAAUUGUCCAAAAUUACAAUGUCGAAUACAGAAAGCGUAAAAUUGUUACGGUUUGGGCCGAAGUUCUCUGCCUUGGCAUCAUGAUUCUUCCUUCCCUCUUAGCGUACCUCUGCUUCGGUUCAACAAUCGAAAGCGGUGUCUUAGAAAGAUUUGAUUCGAAGGAUAUCCUCAUCAACCUCAUCAAAGCAGGUAUUUUCUUCGUUGUUUCAUUCUCAUACCCAUGUCUCAUGCAGCCAGUUCUCGGUUCAUUCGGCCAAAUCAUUUAUAAGAAUUCCGAUGCGCCAAAUCUACCUCUCUGCCAACGUAUAGUUUGCGAAAUUGUUGGUAACGCCAUCGCCGUUAUCAUCGCCAUGGUUUACGAAAGCGCAAACACAGUUCUCGGAGUUGGUGGUGCAUUGGGUGGUUGCGUCUCAAACUUCAUCUAUCCAGCGAUUAUGUAUUUAGUUCUUUACAAGCCGUCGGUCAAAACUAUUAAGUUUUGGCUUGUUGCAGCUCUGGCCGUUUUUGGCAUUGUUUCAGCCAUCAUCGCAACAGUUACGUCAAUCAUUUCGGCCGUCAAAGAAUUCAAGAAAUGA